ACCAAAAACAAUUUUGCGACCCUUUAGCAAAAUGUUUUCCCUUCCUGGACCACACUUCUUUUGGUUCUGUGCCGUUUCCUUCUGCAUCUGUUCUGUUUCACUUGUAGCAGAUGCCGAUCGUUGGUGUGCGGCCAAUUCGAAGGACACCGUGUACCGCCGCCUUGGUACGAAGACUCCUUAUCGACACGUGCAAAACAAGGAUCUACGGAACAGUGCCGCCAUCGACGAUUGUACACUGGUCAAAAUCUGGGGCCUGUUUCGGCAUGGCACACGCAACCCGUCGAAAGCGAUCAUCGAUCAUAUGCUCGGUACGCUCGUUGAUCUCCAGAAGGACAUCGUGGAAAGUGGGCGGAUUUGUCGCGAAAAUGUAGCACAGUUCGAAGCCUGGAAACCGCAGGUCACGAUCGAAGAUGCCAAACUGCUCGUCCGCGAGGGCGGCGCGGAAUUGUUUCAACUGGGGCAACGAUUCCGGGCACGAUUCGGCACCCACCUGCCAGAGCGCUACGAUGGCAAUCUGUUUUACUUCAAGUACACGAAAACCGAACGUGCUGAGUUUAGUGCGCGGAACUUUUCGCGCGGUCUUUUCGGGCGCGACGAGCCAAUAGACUUUCCGGAGUCCCUGCACCGGGAUCCGGUACUGCGAUUCUACAAAGGCUGUGAAAAAUGGAAACGACAGGUAAAGGAAAAUCCUUACUCAUACCAGGAGCUCGACCGGUUUGGAAGCUCCAAGGAGAUGCGAACUGUGGUCGAAAAGCUAUCGAAGCGUGUCGGAACUUUUGUCAGUCCGGAAGAGAUACGUGCGGUGUACCAAACGUGUGCAUUCGAAACCGCGUGGAACCGACAAGAAUCUUCGCCGUGGUGUCUCCUGUUCGACAAGGAAAGUAUUUCGGUCAUGGAGUACAACGAAGAUUUAAAAUACUACUGGAUCGAUGGGUACGGUUAUGAGUUAACCUAUCGGCAAGCGUGUUCGGCGUUUCGGGAUCUGAUUGCUCAUUUCGACGACGGCGGCAGACCUCCGUUUACUUUCUACUUUACCCACUCGGGAACACUCCUAAAAUCACUCGCGUUCUUGGGAUUGUAUAAAGACAGUGAGCCAUUAAUGGCGCAGCAUUACCGAUACAAACGGAAAUGGCGCGUGAGUCAGAUUGAUGCAUUUGGAUCAAACUUGUAUUUUGCACUGUACAGCUGCCCGAACGGAACCAAAUCCGUUGGAUUGUACCAUCAGGAACGACUUACGCAAAUACCGGGUUGCCCAAACAAUCAAAUGCUUUGCAAUUAUGAGCAUUUCAGGAACCUUUACGCCGAUCGCAUCGAGCAGUGUGAUUUUGAGAACAUGUGUUCCGUACCAAAUGUGCCUGGUGCAGCGAAAGAUGAGCUGUAAUUUAGUUUUUUUUUUAAUUUGAUUGUAGCUACAU